AUGAUUGUAACUAUGAGGAAAAAUAAACAUUGUAACUAUCUGAUUGAUCUUUUCAAAAAAGAUACCGAAAUCGAAGAUGAUCAAGAAGUACUUCGUAGUCUUACAUAUCGUCAAAGAUUAUUAAGAAAAAUGUAUCCAUUAGGAUUUCUAUAUGAAUUAAAAAAUUUACUACGUUUAGCAAUACCUAUUACUAUUUCAUCAAUGUUAACAUAUACAAUUUCACCUGUCAGUAUGGCAUUCUGUGGUCAUUUAGGCAAAAUUCAAUUAGCUACAAUCGGUUUAGCUAUGUCAGUGUUCAGUGUUUGUGGUAUGUUUGUUAUUCUAGGAUUACUCUCUGCAUGUGAUACAUUAUUUUCACAAACAUAUGGGAGUAUAAUGAAAGAUAAAAUGAUUGUUCAAUUAUACAGAGCUGUUAUCUUAAUUUUACUAUGUUGUAUUCCAUCAUGUGCUUUGUACUUGAACGCGGAACCAUUACUAUUAUUACUUGGACAAAAUCCUUUAAUUGCAAAGGGAACUGGUGAAUUGUUGCUUUAUCUUAUACCGGGAUUACUUUUUAGUUCACUUGGACAAUUAUUUAUCAGGUUUGUUCAAACACAAAAUCAUGUAUAUGCUCCAUUAGUUAUAAUGAUUUUUGUGAAUGGUAUCAAUGCAUUAAUGCAUUAUAUACUGAUUUAUAUAAUGAAUAUGGAUGUAAGAGCUUCACCAAUAUCUCAAGCAACAGCAUAUUUUUUUCAAGUAAUAUGCUUUAUUGUUUACAUCAUAUUCAUAGGUCAUUCAAAAGAUACCAACUUUAAAUUUACAAGAGAAAUUUGGGAAGAUUGGAAUACAUGGUUCCGUUUAGCUAUACCUGGUUUAAUUAUGGUUAGUCUUGAAUGGACAAUUUAUGAAAUUGGUGGUUUUAUCGCUGGGACUUUGGGAGCUCGUGAACUUGCUGCACAAACUAUUAUUCUAUCUAUUGGAUCUAUUAGCUAUACUUUGCUUCCACUUGGUGUUGGUAGUGCAGCAGGGAUACGUGUAGGACAAUAUCUUGGUGCUCAAUCUGCUAAAGGCCCAUAUUCUGUAUUUAGUGUAGCUAUGACAUUAGUUGGUUGUUGGGCUUUACCAUAUUUAGGAAUUUUAAUUGCUACAAGAUGGUAUUUACCAAGAGUUUUUACAUCUGAUGAUGGCGUCAUUGAACUUGUAGCUGAACUAAUGCCAAUUAUAGCUUUUUUCCAAAUUAUCGAUGGUGCGAAUGGUAUAUGUAGCGGUGUCUUGAAAGGAUCAGGUUUACAAACAGUUGGAGCAGUUGUAAACAUAUUUUGUCUUUACAUGCUUGCUGUACCACUUGGGAUUUGUCUAGUUUAUGUAGCAAAUCUUAGGUUGACCGGUAUUUGGGUCGGUCUCGUUAGUGCUGCAACAUUACAAGUGUCUACAUUAUGCAUAAUAUGUUUCCGUUUAAAUUGGACAACACAAAUCAAACUGGCUAAAGAAAGAAUAAAAGUAGAGAAUGAAUCAUCAGAAAUGGCUAUGAAAAAUCUUGGUGAACUUACUGCUUCUGGGAUUGUGAACGUUGAUGAGGAUAUUCAUAUUUCCCAGAAAAAUCAUCAAUUUAAUCAUUUACCAAUUGAACAAAAUCAAAAAUCAAUAAAACAACAAAAUUCAUUGAAUAAAAUUAUUUUAAGAAAUAGAAUUAUUUUUAUUAUAAUUUUAUUUUUAAUUCUUAUUUUAAGUAUUUUAUGUAGAUUAUUAAUUAAUUUACAAAAUUAUUUUGGUAUUUAUUGUGUUUAUCAUAAUGAUACAUUUAUACAAAUUACUAAUUAUAAUAUUACUGAUAAUUGUACAGUAGUGAUUCCAUAGAAAAAAAACUAAAAAAAUCUUUUAAAAAAAUUAAAAAAACAUUUUUUUUGGUAGUUUGUUUGUUGGUUUUUUCUUUUGUUCUUUCAUGAAAAGAUACAUUCGUAAUUAAUUUCAUUACAAAUUACCCAUUAUAAUAUUACUGAUAGCUGUACAGUAGUUAUUCCAUAAAAAAAUUUUAAAAAAUCUUUUUAAAAAAAUAAUAAAAAAACUUUUUUGGGUAGUUUUUUUUGUUCUUUUUCACGGAAAGGUAUGUUUGCAACUAAUUUCAUUGCAAAUUCCUCAUUAUAAUAUUACUGAUAACUGUACAGUAGUUACUCCAUAAAAAUAUAAAAAAAUCUGC